CUGCCAUAACCGCUUUCUUAUCUUCCCCGUCAACCGUUGGGCUGACCUUCCUGUACCAUGCUCAUCCAGCUCGGGCGCGCGCAGUAAUACGAGUAGUAUUCGCGCCAUGGUGAGGUCCGGAUUCAUCAGCUAAGACCUCCGGGGUUCCGGGAGCCAGAGCAACCAGAACGGAGCACGAUACACGACAUCCCGGUGACCCAGACACAACCAUGACGUCCCCAGACAAAAAGACGGAAGGCGCCGCCGACGUCUCGCACACCCUGAAAGCGCGGAAGCAGGACGACCUGCUCGAGAUCGAAGCGACGCGCGCCAUCACGGCGGCCGAGCACGCGCUCGGCUUCUGGGCAGCGGUGCGGCAGUACCCGCGGGCGACCUUCUGGGGACUCUUCUUCUCGCUAGCCGUGGUCCAGGCCGGGUACGACGCGCAGAUCAUCACCAGCUUCUACGCGCUGCCGGCCUUCCAGCAGAAGUACGGCCGUCUCAUCAGCACUAGUACUAGUACUGGUACUAGCAAUGACGACGACCACCACGAGCUCAGCGCGCAGUGGCAGCUGGCGCUCGGCAUGGGCAACCCCAUCGGGCAGGUCCUGGGGGCGCUGGCCAGCGGGUACCCGCUCGAGUGGUUCGGCCGCCGCGGGACGCUGGCCGUGUGCUGUCUGUGGAGCGCCGGCUUCGUAUUUGUGCAGUUCUUCGCUACUAGUAUCGGCAUGCUGUGCGCGGGAGAGAUCCUGGGCGGGCUGGCCUACGGGUUCUACGUCGUCAUCGCGCCGACUUAUGCGUCCGAGAUCUGUCCGCUGGCGUUGCGCGGUGUCUUGACGGCGUCGACUAACCUGGCCUUUGUGAUCGGCCAGUUUGUGGCGCAGGGCGUCGCCGCGGGCCUGGAGAGCAGGUUGGAUGAGUGGGCUUACAGGGCGCCGUUUGCGCUCCAAUGGCUCUGGCCAGUCAUCAUCCUGGCAGGGCUGCCGUUUGCUCCGGAAAGCCCCUACUGGCUGGUCCGACAGGGCCGGAAGAGCGAUGCUCGUCAGGCCCUCGUGAAGCUCUCGUCUUCGACGAACCCUCCCGACAUCGACCAAGUCCUGUUAGGAAUCGAGCAGACGGAUCUGCUGGAACAGGAGCUUGAGGCCAUGAGCUCAUACCGAGACUGCCUCCAGGGCACGAGCCUGGUGCGCACCGAGAUCUCGGUCAUGGUCUAUCUGAUUCAGGUCAUUGGAGGCAAUCCCCUGAUCGGGUAUGCGAACUACUUUUUCGAGCAAGCCGGGCUGGACUCUUCGGAUGCGUUUCAUAUGGGCGUCGGCAAUACGGCGCUCGGAUUCGUCGGCACGGUGAUCUCAUGGCCCUUGAUGAACUACUUUGGCUUCGGUCGACGGACCAUCUACUGCGCCGGCAUGGUCUUCAUGACCCUCUUGCUCUUCGUCAUCGGCUUCCUCAGCAUCCCGACCGGCAACCGGGCGGCCGUGUGGGCCAUGGCCACGCUGAUGGACGUCUGGACGUUUGUCUACCAGAUGACGGUCGGCCCCAUCUGCUUCGUCAUCAUCUCCGAGAUGUCGGCCACGCGGCUGCGCACCAAGACCAUCGCCAUCGCCACGGCCGUGCAGGCCGGCGCCACCAUCGUCACGACGGUCGCCAUGCCCUACUUGCUCAACGCCGACGAGGCGAACUGGGGCGGCAAGGCCGGCUUUCUCUUCGGCGGCAUCAGUCUGCUCUGUGGCGUGUGGUGCUACUUCCGCCUGCCCGAGAGCCGGGGGCGGACGUUUGAGGAGCUGGAUAUUCUGUUCCAGAGGAAGGUCCCGGCCAGGCAGUUCAGGGACUAUGACCUACUUGGCGAGCGGGGGGUUGGUGGCGGCAAGGGCGAGGGGGAAGAAGCUUGAAGGAAGUCGAACCACACAGUGGGCAUAACGUACAUCAGACUAUGUAUAUCCGACGAUGGGUUUGCCCGGAGACUAUCACUGAUGACGCCCGGGAAUGUGAUCAACCAUCCCUGCAUGUUUUUUGCAACUUGUUCAGGUUGUUCUUUUCCCUUCAUUCAUAGCUUGCAGUUUGCAGAGUAUCGGAAUUAUUCGA